CACCCACCGUUUUUGACCUAAGGUCGCAACCACUAUGAACAAUCCCACCACGCGCACUCGUGUUCGUCGUCGUCACCACUUCAACGAACGUCUCACGGCUAACGUGCCUGUCCAAUGCCACCAACCGAAAAACACAACAUUACGGGUAUUUGUGAUGUGAUUACAUUUAUAUUAAAUUAAAAAAUACAUUUAGAAAUCCUUAAAUGUCGGUUGUCGGGUGACCUAGGAAAUAUUUGCGAAGAUAAAGUAAAUACUUUCGAUAGAAAUUUCAAAAAUCUUUUAAUUUCAUGUGGCAUUAAAUCGCUUGUUCGUCGGUCACGUUGGUUCCGUCGUCGUAUUGUUAUCAUAACUUCCAAUUUUGUGAUUUGUAAUUACUUAUUAUUAUUAUUUUUUUGCGACCAUGAUCUCAUCGUCGUUAUAGCACGUCGAUUUACCAGUAGGUAAGCAAAAUACGGACGUUUCAGACCGCUAUUUCCCAUGUUCGACAACGACAAAUGAUCAGAACAUUUGAUUGGUGCAUCCCACAAAAAAAUGGAAGCUGUGGCACAGUUUGAUUAUACAGCUCAAGAGCCAGACGAAUUGACUUUAAAAAAAGGUGAUGUGAUAACUGAUGUAAAACCUUUACCCGAUGGAUGGAUGGAAGGAUAUAAAGAUGGGAAAAAGGGAAUGUUUCCUGACAACUAUGUUAAGAUCAUGCAUGCGUCUAGUGGAGUUGUACUAAGAAAAAAAAAUCCUAGAAAAUGUAAAGUGUUAUUUAGCUACAAACCAGCAAAUCGAGAUGAGCUAGAACUUAAUAUUGAUGAUGUAAUAGAAGUUUUUGGUGAAGUUGAAGAAGGUUGGUGGAAAGGACAGCUUAAAAAUCAGACAGGAGUUUUUCCUUCAAAUUAUGUGACUGAAAUUACAGAUGUUAAAAACAUAUCAAGAAGUGAUUCAAAAACGUCAAAUAGCUCGCUAAAAAAAGAAGAAAGCUUAAAAAAAGAUAAACCCGCUGAACCUAUCAAAAGUUCUGAUGAAUUAAAUGUACCUAAUUUACCACCAAAGCCAGCUAAAGAAGUAUGUGUUUCUCUAUUUCCUUAUGAAGCUGUUAAUAGUGAUGAACUAACAUUAGCUGAAGGUGAUUUAAUAACUAUUUUAUCACGAGAAGUAGAAGAUAAAGGUUGGUGGAAAGGAGAAUUAAAGGGGAAAAUCGGAGUAUUUCCAGACAACUUUGUACAGAUUGUGAAUCAUGAAGAGGUAGCCAAUAAAUUGGAAAAAUCAUCUAGCAGUCCUCGUAGUGGUACAACAGCAUCAUUACGUAAAUUUAUGCAAAGUCAAAUGGAAAAAUCUAUAGCUCCUGUUGUUAGUAAAAAACCAGUAUUGCCACCUCCUCCUCCUACAACUAAGAAACCACCAACUACAAAAAGUUCAUCAACUUCCUCUAUUUCGAAAACUAUAAGUGGUCUUAAAUCUUUGUUAAAUGCUGAACAAAACUCUGAUAAAUCAAAAUCAAAUACAUCUGACCAUGAUGAAAAUAAACAAUAUGGUUCUAUUGCAGUAAAACGUUCUGAAUCUGUUGGUUCUAUGAAAAAAACUCCAGAUUCUAUAGAUGGUAGUUGUAUGAGUAAAUCAACUUAUAAUGUAACUCCUACGUCUGUACCAGAAUCUCCUUCAUCUUUUAUCAUCUCAAAUCAUGAUAAUAGUAGUGGUGAACCUAAAAGUCCUGAUUUUGACCAGAUUGAAAGAACUGCCAUGCUUAGUCACCCAACAGCAUCUCGAGCUAAAGCACCUCGUAGAAGACCACCAUCAGCUGCUUUUAGUCUUCCUAGUGAAGAUGAUCCUACUGUAGAUCCACCUCCAGUUAAUGGUAUACCUGGCGUAGACAAAGAAAAAGCCCCUUGGGUCCAAGAGCUUAAAAUGAAUCAGGCUAAAAAAACUUCUGCUAAUUCUGUGACUGGAGGUACCAGAACUAGAGUUAUGAUUAGUCCGUCCACUACAACAAUAACAUCUGAAAGUUCAGAUACCACUACAGUCACAUCUAAAGCAGGGUUAACAUCUGUUGGAAUAGGAGGAGUAGUUUUCAAACCCCCUGGUUAUAUACCACCAUUAACUACACCUGAACCAGUAACAGUCAGCACGCCAGCUAGUCCAGUUACAUUGGCCCCAACAGAACUCAAUUCUUCUACACCAUCUGUUGAAAGAAGUCUAAUAGCUGUCUUAAAUGAAAAAGUUAAGCAACUUGAGUCAACAGUACAACAACAAAGCCAUCUUCUUGAUAAGUUAUCAGCUAAAUUAGAUGUUGAAAUUGAAAAACGUAUAUUUAUAGAAAAAGAAAUGAAAAAAGUCAUGGAACUUGUGACACGAGUAUAACAUGGCUAGUGUUAAAUUAUACUGUAAUAUGGAAAGAAAAUCAAACCAUUACUAUUAUUUAAAUUUUAAAAUAAUGUCUUGAGUCAUUGUUUUAAUUUUGCCAUUCCAAUUAUAACUAUAUUAUAGUUCUAUGUUUACAUAAAACCUUGAGUUUGCGAUUUUUCUACAGACUAUUAAGUUAGAAUAAUUUGAAGUUUCAACAAGUUCUUUAAUUUUUAUACUUAUUUUUUCUAUUAACGACCAAAUCUGUAUUAUUAACUAUUUAUUUUUGAUAUACUCUAGUCUUCAAUUUUCAAUUAUCUUUUCUAUUAUACUAUUCAAGUACUGCAAAUCCAUUCCUUGUUAUUUUUGUGUGUAUUAUAUGUUUUCUCAUCUACAAAUUGUGAUAAAUAACUGUGGUGGGUGUAACAGCACUUAGUGCACAUCUUUAUUUAUAAUUUUCAAUCAAUGUUAAAAUUGAUUUUUUACCUAAUUAAAAUGACAACUUUUGUAUUUUUUCCAUUGAAUGAAUUAUUUUGGUUUUUGAUGUAAACACAAUUAUUUUUUCAAUCAAAAUUAGUGAUAAAACAUCUAAUUAAUAAUUUAGCUAACUAGCUGUAAUAUAUUAAUUAUCGAAAAUAAUUAAAUAUAUUGUACUCUGUUCUAUGUAUAACUAAAUUUAAAAGGAAUUUUAGUAUCAAUUUAUAAUAUUAUAUAUUAUGUACUUAAUUAUUAAAUAUUUUAUAAAUCUAUACUUAAUAGAUUACUCGUCAUUGAUUUUUGUUGUAAUGUUAUAGUAAUAAUUCAGAUUUUAAAUACCAUUUAGUAUUUUUAUAAACCACAUAAAUAUAUACUUGCAAUUUAUUUAUUAUUUUUUGGUAUACAUUAAUAUAGUAGUAAACAUUUUUACACUUAUUUAAUUUAAAAAUUCUUUCACUCUCAAAUUGUGUAAGUCAAAUUAGAUUUUAAUUUCUUAUCCCAAAUUAUGUUAUAUGUAAUAUUAUCACUAAAAUAUGUUUUGGAGUUCAAAGAAUUCCAAGAUGUUUACAAAAGUUUAAAAAAUUAUAGACUAAACUAUUUUUUUAUUGUUUUUUAUUUUUACUUUUUUUUUAUAUGUUUUAUAGAAUAAUUAUUAUUUUUUUGUAUACAGAAUAAUGUACUUACAAAUAAAUUGUUAUCUAUUUUAAUACAAAAUUUUGGCAAAUUGACUGAUAUUGCAUAGCCUAUUAUUAUAAUACAGACUAUUUUAUGUAUAAAUUGAGGUGUCUUGGUUUAACAUCAAUAUUAUAAUUGAGUUUUUAUCUUUUUGUAUUCCAAUAAUAUUCAUUCUCUAUUUAUGAAAAACACUAUUCAAUCAUUAUUAUUUUAUAUUUUUAUGAAUGUAUUUUUUAUACAAUUAUUUUAAUGAUAAAAUUUUAUAUGUAAUUUUCAAUGGCAGCCAUUUUAACAUACCAAGAAACAGUCUACUUUAUUUUAUUGUACCAUUGUUUAAAAUAAUUAUAUUAUAUAAAGAUAAAAAAUUGUUUGAAUAUUAUUGUAAGUUGUCCAGUGGUGUCAUAUAUUUUAUAAUUUGUUAAUUAUUAUUUUUAAUUAAAUCAUUUAAAAAAUCAA